AUGGACGGAAUGGCAUAUGAGCAAGGACAGUAUCCGCCACAGAGGGGAUAUCCAGGAGAUUAUUAUGAGGGCCAGGGUCAGCAAUAUGCGCAACCGCACGGUGGUCGAGGACAGCCGCCUUCACAGCGGGGCUUGAAUAGAUACGCGAGCCAACCCGGGAUGAAUUCAGCUUAUAGGCAGGGAGGGAGUGAGAGAGGUGAGCUUUUGACUUUUGCUUCCGCACCAGGUGGCUUGUUUCUGGAUAUGCAGUAUUCUUACGCGCGCUUGUACUUUAGCCCGUCCACCUCCAUCACCAGGAAUGGUUUCCAAUUCUGAUAGUCCUUUCCCACCUUUUGGGGGGUCAAUGAAGCGUCGCGAUCCGGUACCCCCUGGGGCUCUACCCAUAGACGACUCAAUGCUUGCAAUGAACUUGUAUGACGAUGGCCCUUCACCGCCUCAAAUGCGGCAGCGUGGCCCUCUCCCGCCUGGACGUGAGGGAGCAAUGCCUAGGUCACAGACUAUGUCGGAUAGAAUGGGUAGGGGAAAGCCACCUCCUGGCUAUCAGGGAGCGGGAGGAGGGCCAGGUUAUCGUGGGCCUCCGCCCCCGGGAAUGAGGGGACCUCCCCCGUCUGGGAUGAGAGGACCACCGGCGGUGCACCAGAGAAUGCCACCUCCCCGCGGGAACAUGCCAAUGCCGAUGGCGAGUAGAGGGCCUCCGUCUGGCAAUCGACCUGGACAGGGCACGGGCCAUUAUGAUCAGGGAUGGACCGGGACGUAUCAAUCACAGAAUGAACAUUAUGGGGAAGCACCACCUCAGGGCCCUGGUUUCGGGCCACCGCAGAGGAGUAUGACCAUGCCUGCGAACGCACAGUCCCCACUACCGCAACAGGUGCCAUCUCAAGCGGAGACGCAAUAUACAGCGUAUAACCCUCAGCGGCAUGUGGGGGCGGUGAACUUUUCUAGUCCUCGGGCGUAUCCUCCGCGACCAGUGUAUGAGGAAUAUCCGCCGCAGGGUCCAGGUGAUCCUCAGAAUAGAGAGAGUGUUGGUUUGAUAUUGGAUGCUUAUUAUGGCGCUGAUUAUACUGAGGGGGGUUACGAUCAGCAGCAUCCAGCGAACGCCUAUCAUGAGGAGCUAGCGCAAUAUCACGAGGAGCCAGCGCAAUAUGGGGGGAAUGAUACCUCUUUCGAGUAUCCGGGACCAACUUAUCAAGAAGGUUAUACGGAUGAGCCCCAGGAUUUCGCUCAACAGGCCUAUCGUAGUAGAUCACAGCCCGAUCUGCGCGGAGAAUCCAGAGCAGCGACUGGACCGCCACCUCCCCUACCUACUAAUAGCUAUAGCGAGGCCAAUGGAAACCCACACAACCAUGGGCAAUAUGACGGCGCUAUCGGGGUGCUGGGAGAUACCCCAGAGGAUUCUCCGCCGGUGUUGACGGCGAACGGGUUCCCCCCUCCGCCUCCUCAACCCAAUAUCCCAGCGGCUCUCAGGGUCGGAUCACCUGCACCAUCGCAGCAAAUUCUAGGGCCAUCGCCUCAGAAGCGAAUGUCACCGCCGCAGAAUCAGUAUCCUCCAAGGACCCAAUCCGCACAACCGAGUGUGGUGGGCGACUCACUUCCCCACCACCCCGCGCCGUCUCCUAAUGUAGUUUCAGAUACGUCCAGUCUUAGGUAUAGUGCGGAUUUUCUCCCAGCUCAUCCCCCGCCAAUCCGCCCGGGAUUAAUGCAGGAUCAGUCUGGAUGGAAUAACCAUCCUCCACCUAUACGGCAGUAUUCACCCGACCGUGGCAGCACCAUAUCGCGGCAGUCCAUUCAACAGCAGCCGGGUCCUGUCACUCCAAUUGAGCUGAACCAAUUGCGCCAGAACGCCAAGACCAACCCGGGAGAUCAGAGGCUCCAAUUGAUGCUUGCGAAGAAGAUGGUCGAGGCGUCAUCGGUCCUUGCGGACGAGGGCGGCCGGGCAGAUGCUAAGACUGCCAAGAGGAAUAGGGAGAAUUACAUAUUCGACGCACACAAGAUUGUCAAGAAAUUGUGCAAUUCGGUUGGUAUAUUGAGUCCGUUUGUUAUAGUACCUGGCUGACCAGAUGUUUGAAGUCCCACCCAUACCCCGACGCGAUGUUCUACCUAGCGGAAUGCUACUGGGAAGGCUUGCUUGGAUUGCAGGUUGACCUCGAGCGCGCAUUCAACUUGUAUCAAUCCGCGGCAAAGCUAAACCAUGGGCCAUCGGCUUAUCGCACUGCUGGUACGGCAUAUCGUUAUCAAUGGCUUAGGUGCCGGAGCAUGAGCUAAUAGUAGCCUGGUUCUAGUUUGCUGCGAGCUCGGCGCGGGGGUGCGGAAAGAUCCGCUCAAGUCAAUUACAUGGUACAGGAAAGCAGCCGCGCUAGGGGAUACCGCGGCCAUGUACAAGCUUGGCAUGAUACAGUUGAAGGGACUGCUGGGCCAGACCAAGAACCCACGAGAUGCCAUCAACUGGCUGAAGAGGGCUGCCGAUCAAGCGGAUGAGAACAAUCCCCAUGCUCUCCACCAACUUGUAAGUCCAUCCUUACCCAGACACUCUAAUACUGGGCUAACGGCCUCACAGGGCCUAAUCUAUGAAUCUGAAUCCAACGACAAGAUCAUCCCUGACGUUUCCUACUCCCGUGAACUCUUUAUGAAAGCCGCAGAGCUCAACUACCCCCCCUCGCAAUUCCGCAUUGGCUGCGCCUUUGAGUAUGGCACCAUGGGCUGCCCGAUCGAUCCCCGCCAGAGUAUAUCCUGGUAUAGCCGCGCGGCAAUGCAAAGCGAGGAGGAGAGUGCGCUCGCUCUGAGCGGGUGGUAUCUCACCGGUGCCGACGGCGUGAUUAAGCAAUCCGACACCGAGGCGUAUCUGUGGGCGCGCAAAGCAGCCGAGAAGGGCCUGGGAAACGCAGAGUACGCUCUCGGCUACUACACCGAAGUCGGCAUCGGCGUGGUGGCGAACUUGGAGGAAGCGAAGAGGUGGUAUUAUAAAGCUGCUAGUAAGUCACCGCCCCCCUACUUUUUAUUAUUAUUAUUUUUGCCAGGAGUGGGUGAGCGGUUGAUUGACUGAUCGAUGCGAGGGAAUAGGCCAAAACCACGAAAAAGCCCGCCAACGCCUAAACGAACUCAAGAAGGGCGGUGCAGCCGUGCAAAGGUCCCGGGAGAAACUCUCCAGGGUGCACGUUAAGAAGAAUAAGGAUGAUGGGGAGUGCGUUAUUAUGUAGAUCGUCUCGUCCCUGGACCCUUUUGCUAGGCCUAGUUGUAGCAAAUGCCGUCCUUGCCGGGGGUGGGGUGGGGCGGGGCCGUUUCGGUUUGGUUUGGGAAUUUCGGGUUCUCUUGCUUCACUUCUACUUGUUCUUUUGGGGUUUUUCCUUUCUCUCUUUUUUUCUUCUUCUCUUUUCCUAGAUGAGUUAUGGUGCUGUAUUGGGAGUACCCUGGGCUGGGUUUGAUGGUUAUUUGCUCUAGGCGGUUUUGUGGAUAGAUGGUGGGGAAUAUGGGGGGGAUAAGCUAAUGUAUGAGUAUUCAGGGGGUAGGCCGGGCUGUGUGAUUCAUGAGAUGAGAUAAAGCGUGUAUCAACGAGAACCCUUUUUAUUCACCUGUGUUGCAAAAGCUCUCUAGCAAACAAGGUUACAGAAAAGCAAAGUUAAAAGAGGAAAAGUAGUUAUAAGACGGUUUACUGUACAGUACACUCCGCCUAUACGAGUGAUUUUCUAUGCAACAUUUGUACGUAUCCCCACCGCCGGUCCCCGGGAUCCCUAGAAUGUACAGGGAAAAGUGAAAUAUGGUGCUAUGAACAAGGAAUCCACGAGAACAUCCCUAAAAUGCACAAGAACGUAUAGCAAAGAAAACAAGGCAAGAGAAAUCUAUUUUUUUCUCCCCCCUCUCUCCUGGUCACCGCUUCAACCUCCUGACAAUCUCCCCAACCUUUCCUAACAACCCGGCAGGCGGACAUCCCCUCUCCAAUAGAAACCUCAAUCCGACGCCCCUCCCAUCUUUCCCCACCUCGAGCGCCUUCUCCCAGACACCCCGCCCACCCAACCCGACUC